CCUGAGCGCCGCCGCCGGCAGUCGACGGCAGGCCACGCCGCUGAGAGGGUCACCCCGCCUCCUCCGCAAGUCGAUCGGUAUGCGGCUGCUGCUGGCGCUGGUGCUGGCCGCGGUGCUCACGCUGCAGUGCUGGGUGGCCGCCUCCGAUGGCAGGGCCGGCCGCUCGGCAGUCGGCACCGACGUUCUCUCCGGAGAGCUCGACUCUUACCUCAGCGACCUGAAGGACUUCUACACCAAGCUAGGCCGGCCGCGGUUCGGUAAGCGCAGCACGCGCGUUCGGAGGUGGCGCACGGUGACGUCGUUGGGUGACGUCAUCCACGAGCUGCGGUACUGAGCGCGGCGGAAGCGGCCGGCGCCGGGCGCGAGGGCGGCUGGCGGAGAGGGCGCCCUGUGUUGACGGCAGCGCCGAUGGCGAGACCUCCAGAGGCCGGGCCGGUCAGCCGACAGUGUCGCCGGCCUUUCGGCGCGACCUGGCGCCGUCGCGCAGGGCGGGUGGAUGGAGGGUCACAGUCUGACCCUACCACCGUACCAGCGCGGGGAGGAGCUUGCUGGCAGCUUGCAGGGAGGAGGAGCUUGCUGGCAGAGAAAUGUGCUAUGAUAGAUAUUUAGUUCAGUUUUGUUUCCUCUGGGGAGACCCGAUGCACGUGAACUCUUGCGCUUGCCUAUGUGACUAUGGUCUCUUUACUGAUGGAUUAGACUUUGACACCCAUGCUGGUUGGAACAAGAACUCCGCAGGCAUAUUAUCCCCGGAAAUUAUCUGAUGGAAGACAUUUUGAUUUUUCUUUCUGCUGAUUGCAGUUUAUCAUAAGCAUGAAACAAGUCCUUGAGGAAAUGGAUAAACGCACGUUCUUCACGCUUUUAUCAAAUCCGAAUGCCUCUAGGAAUCUAGUUUCAAUUAGCGCUGGUGCUCGUCAUAAUUCAAACCUUUCUCGCAGCUUUAAUGUGACUUCGAGUCAGCAAGACCUCUCUCAUUUAAACUCAGUUGUUCUGAGU